GGGCGUUCGCCAUAUAUCAACUAAUGUUGAUUAAAAGCUAUGCGAAUUCAUUAAAUAUUGCUAACAUAUUGUGUUAUUAGCUAUCACGUGCGCUACGUCAGUAUGUGAUAAUAACAGGAUGUCAGCACCAAUAUCGGAGAAUUCUGUCUGACAUCGAAAGUUGUUUCCUGGCUAAGCACCCCACAACUCCCGGUUUCUAAAGAGCUUUAGACUGCGACGGCAGUCAUAAGCUUUCAACUUCAAAGUGUCUGUUGAUCGAAAUGGAUGUGAACGAGAUCCCUUUGGCCGGAGAAGAGAAUCUCGACCUUGAGGAAGAGUUCAUUGUCGGCAGUGAGGACAAUACUAGAGCAACAGAAAGUGAGGUUUUGGAUGAGAGGCAGAAUUCGGUAGCUAUUAGCGAAAACCUAAAGGCUGAGCAAGAUCUUAUUGCUAAUGAACGGCAAAGCUCGACUACAAGAAGCAAUGAAGCCGAUGGCGUCGAGUUGACUGAAUGCUUUGAUUCUGCGAGCGCACCUGAAAGUCAAAAUGGUUUGUUACUUCACAAAACACCAUCGCGAGCUGCAUUGAAUGACGAUAACAACAGUUCGGCUACCGUUCGUCACUGCUAUUGUCAAACAACAAAUAUAGAUCCACUGUCCAUGGUUGUGUGUGAAGGAUGCGGUCUUUAUUUUCAUCAGGAUUGCUUCCAUAAAGGACGUUUCUCGAGUUUACUUGGAGACAAGUUUUUCGAGUUUCUUUGCGAAUCAUGUGGGUCUAGCCAAGACGACAAUAACACUCAGGGUCAUGAUAAUCAUCAAAGUAACGACAAUGUUGAAAACCCCACGCCACUUUCAAAAGAACGCAUCGUCCGGAAACCUCACACUUGGGUUACAGCUGUUGCUUUAGCUCUAUUCAAUCUACAUUCGACACGUAGUCACGAGAGCCGUCAGGGAUAUUUCCAGUGGCGCGAGCAGGUGUGCCGUUAUAUAGAAGAGCGCUGGAACGAGUUUUUUUUCGACCGAAAGAAAGCACCGAAAUGGCAAGGAGCAGUAGCUUGUACGUUAUCAACAAAUACGGGAGUACUUUUUCAAAGUGGAGUGUCCGAAAUUGAUGAGCAAGGAUGGUGGAAGCUCAUUGAAAACGUUCCUCCAGAUCCCAAAAACCCAACACCUACGAGAGGCAGAAGAAGACGGGGACCAAGCGACGAUGUACAAUCGUCAAUUGUCGAACUAGGCCCCAGAAUACGAAAGAGACCCACUUUCGAUGGGCAAAUCCAACCUAGCAUUAUUACAAGCACUUCUAAGGAUGGGCCGACAAGACGGGGGUUAGGAUUUGCUAUGAAGCCUGCCAUCAAAACAGAAAUAUUGGAGUCCAGCACGUAUAACGACAUCGAUUCAGCAGAGGAUACAAGCCAACUGGAUUCAACAUGCAGUAAUACAGGGGAGAUCCGAAAAGCAAUUGUUACUGCAUCAGGGGAUGGAAGCUUGUCCUCACAGCUACCAAAUAAAACAGCAGGCACAAACCUUAAUAGGCAGACACAAAUCCGUUUGACACCAAUGUCACAUAAAAAGGAAAAACUUCUUUUGGGAUCUCUUGAAGAACUAGUUGCUCAAGGAGUUAAAUUCGAUCAACGGGAACUAAGGUUCCUGAACAAGCUCCGCAUGCGUCAUGUCAAAAGGGAAAAAGGCUUACGAAUAUUCGACUUAGACAAAGAGGUUUCACGUCUGUCGACCGGAGCUGAUAACGAUAGUGACAUAAUGCACGCAAUGCUGGAUCGGUUUGUUCACACGAACGUCAUUGCGGCAACGUCCGUUUCAAUGGUUGUCGCUGAUGGCGGAAAUAUAAGGUUUGCCACGAAACUCCUUGGAAGCGAAGCAUCCUGGUCCAAACUUAAUGGGUUCCGAAGCCCGUACACGCAACGCUUUUUAAAGCCAUUUAUUUUUCGGGACAUAAACCCUGAUUAUCCAAGGAUUAAGUUACUGCAAGAGAUUCAUUCACACCCAUUGAGUGCUGCAUGUCGGCACGCAGGAGGUGAGAUUGCUUACGAAAUUCUCUCAGUUGACUUAGUGUAUAUACGGCCUGAACAUAUAGCUGUUAUCAAUUCAAUUUGCCGUUCAUUCUUCUGGGCCGGCAUCGAUAUGACCGAUCAAUUAAACUACCCAGAAUUUAGCGUAGUGGCGCUCUAUGGCAAACUGAUCAUUGGAUUCGCUUGUAUGGCCCCUCUCGCGAACUGUAACGAGGCCUAUCUAAGCUUUCUAUGGACGCAUCCGCACUUUCGCCGACGUGGAUUAGCUCGAUGCAUGUUGUACCAUCUUUCGCAGAGCUGUAUGGGCCGUGAUAUUGUGCUUCAUGUAGCAGCUACAAACCCAGCUGUGUUUCUUUACCAGAGUUUCAAAUUUCGCGUCGAGAAAGUUUGUCUGCAUUUUUAUGAUAAAUACCUUUCGUUGCCAGUUGGCCGAAAGGACGGCCGUAGUUCGAACUCUCAGACUUCUAAAGAAGGCAGACAUGCCCUGUAUAUGAGGCUAAAAUGGUAAUUUCUUUUCAAUACAGAACUUAAUUAUUCAUUUGGUCUUGAACAAAAGACGUUUCAAACAGUAAUGGGUAUUCCCAGUGUAAUAACGUUGCUACGUUUUGUACAUAUGUCUAUUACUAUGUAAAUUGUUGCUUACUUAGGGAAAACAGAGUAGCUUUUGUCAAAACAUGUCUUGCUAGUUAGAGAUUUUUCAUGUUCAAAAUCUACGUUACAAGUACCACAAAUGAGUGUAAAUCUCGGUGUAUACAUUAUUGUAAAUAAAUAGACCUUUGAGACACUAAGACAAUGUUGUACACGAAGAAGUUUACGUAGUAGGAACUCUCGGUGGUCAUUUCUUUUGUUAUCCUGUUGAGUUGUGUGUACCGCCAGAGGAUUUUUAUCGAGAUGUUGGGUAGGUAUAAUGCAUGUAUGAUUUUGCUAAUAAAUAUUCCCUUGGAUAGCCCGCUUUAAUAGCGUGCACAGGUUUAACCAUAUGGGCCAUUGAUAACAAGUCUAAAAUUAGCCCAAUUUUAUCGAUGUUUAUAUUGACAUUGCUUAAGCGUGAAUCAGUCAAAUAUCUAGGAUCCCCGUGCUUUUUACUCUAUCGAUUCGACGAUAGAAGUAGCGUAACAAUAGCCGCUUUUCUGACAAUAGCGUUGAUUUCCACCUGUUUCGACAUUCCCCUUGGAUUUGGGGCUAAAAGGGUGCUUCUUUGCAGCAGGUGAAAGCUUACUAUAGGGGAGCUUUUCGUAUAAAGCGGUCAUUGGGGAAAUUGGCUAAUCUAGCGUGACUGUCCCAGACUGUCCCAGAGAAAGGUUCAUUGAAGCUACUUCGCUAAAAGAAUCAUGCGUGUCGGAGAAAAUCAUAUGUAUCUUACAGGAGUAGUUGUCAGAUUUUUUCCCUAAAUCCUCGUAAGAACUAAAAAUUUCAUUAAUAGGGACCAGAAUCCAUUAUCAUCCUGGUACUUAAGAUCUGCGUUUUGCUUAGCUUUAGGUAGUGUGAGGCAAUUACUAUCUUCAGCAAAGAACUCAUCAAGGUUGCAGCCCUAUGUCAAUACAUCACUGAGCACUUCGAGAAGUGAUGUCAUACAUUUUUUCAACAUAGUACUCAGAGGUUAGCAUCGAGUGGACGAAUAGAAGUGAUGCUCAGUUCAUAUAUCAAUUCAGCCUGUAUAUCUAUCCCAUAAUAGCAACUAUACAGUUUGCCAUUUGCUUAUUCGACUCUUAUCGGCUAUGUCUAAGCGGGUUUCGAUAGCCACUGUAUAAGUUAGGAUGAACUUUGGUAUUACCUCUCUGUAACUGACAAGACGCAUUAAUAGUGAAUUUAUUUUGGGGUUUGACGAAUGAACUGGACGAUUACUUAUAAAGUCGCUAUGACAGAGCUUGUUGGCGACAACGAAGCAGUUUCACUGCUGUUGUCUUUCUACUACUAGAUUGUUGUUGGUCGACAGAUUUCGGUAGAAUCUGCAAUUAUUCGUUGCUUGAGACAUGUGUGAAGACCCCUGUGAACAUCAAGUUACGACGAGCACCAAAGGCAAUUCAAUUUGUAGUAGGACAGAUCAAGAUGCUACAGAAUCCAAUAGUAACAAUAAGCGAGACAAUAUCGGACACGAUUUAGGCUGUAUAAUUGUAGACGUCCAUCCGCUAAACCCUGAUGGCUCAUGGGCUGACGGUGUUGGCCCUCAAACUUACGGACCUCUAGCCAUGCCGUGGUACAUAGCCCAGUCAUGGGGGAUGUCCAGCCAUGACCAAGGAUAUUCGAUUAAUUCGUUGACCGAUGUGUGUCCGUCAAAACUACAGGAUCCUUGGAAUUCGUUCUGGACUGAAAGCGUGUACUAUGAUUAUUAUACCGAGCCCUGGUAAGUGGGUGUGGCUUCUUCACUCCAAUCAAACUAUCGGUAGAUUAAAAUCGUUAUGACGAUGCCAUUAGAACUAACGUGAGGAACCGGAUCACUCAAGCACGAAAUAGCCACGUUGACAGUGCACUUUAGCAAUAAAAUGUUUUUGGCUUCAGACCA